UAACGAUAUUGCGUGAAAAGGAACGGGACAUAGAAAACGGCCCAGCCGAAGCCCCGUGUGGGUGCGCUCCCCCUAGCCCGGACAAUCCCGAACGCCCGGACUGGGCUUACGGCCGGAUCGCCGCCGCCAUUCACCCUCCCGCUCUCUUUCCCCCUGUCUUUGCGACGACUGGGCUACCGACGCCGACGCCCUCGCAGGUGCGCAGGUCUUCUUCGAGUCCUUCGCCGGCGACGAGCACCCUCUAAAGGUUGAUAUCGAGGCGUAGUGAUGGUCGUUGUCGUUGGGUCCUUCCAUUUGGUGCUAAUCUGUCUGGGCGGUGGAACCCCUGGACAUUGUUAUCGAGCUCAAGUUUAACCCUAUCAAUUUCAGGUUUCUGGCACCUACUCAUUCUGAAUGGCGGACCUUACAGACAUCGGUUGCUGCUGUUGCUUUAGCUUUUUAAGGAAGCCCAGUGUACCUGUAUGUGAACAUCAGGAUGCUGAUGGCAUGUUAACUGAAGAUUUACUGAAGCGUCAAUCAGCUGAAGAUCAUGAUGGAAGUUUCUACACUGGAGAUGAUCCUGGGGAUGAUCUUGAUAGAAGCUUCUACAAUGGAGAUGAUCAUGAUAGAAGCUUCUACGAUAGAGAUGAUUCUGACUAUCUUGACGGAAGUGAUGAUGGACCAUCAAGGAAGAGUUCUGAAGAUAUUAUACAGUUAAGAGCUCAAAAUGGCUUUGCAUGUAGAGAGGUCCCAGUUAAAGAGACUAAAAAAGUAUUUCGCUCAGAGGAUGAAAAUGGUAAUAAGAUGGUCAACCAAUAUGUCCACUUGGGAAAGAUCGGUUCUGGAAGCUACGGAAAAGUGGUUCUGUACAGAAACAUUAAAGAUGGGAAGCUGUAUGCAGUAAAGGUUCUGAAUAAGCCAUACAUGAUGAAAGUACAUGUUGUACAUACAAAAACUGCCAUGACAGAUGUUCUUCGAGAGGUAUCCAUAAUGAAAAUGUUGAACCACCCCAACAUUGUAAAUCUCGUUGAAGUGAUUGAUGACCCAAACAUGGAUAAAUUUUACAUGGUUCUUGAGUAUGUUGAAGGAAAAAUGGUUUGUGAUAAUGGUUUAGAAGAAGCUACUGCAAGAUUUUUUUUGCGAGACAUAAUAUCUGGUCUUUUGUAUCUUCACUCCCAUAAUGUUAUUCAUGGUGAUAUCAAGCCAGACAAUCUCUUGGUUACCAGUACCGGCAACGUGAAGAUCGGGGAUUUCAGUGUUAGCCAGGUUUUUGAGGAUGAUGAUGAUAUGCUUUGGAGAUCUCCUGGCACUCCUGUUUUCACUGCCCCGGAGUGCUGUCAAGGUUCAGCCUACCAUGGUAGAGCAUCUGAUACAUGGGCAGUUGGUGUAACUUUAUAUUGUAUGGUCUCUGGGCACUAUCCAUUUCUGGGGGAUACAUUGCAGGAAACUUAUGAUAAGAUUGCCAAUGAUCCUGUGGAAUUACCUGGCGACGUGAAUCCCCAACUUGCCGAUUUGCUCCUAAGGCUUCUCUGCAAAGAUCCAGGAGAUCGCAUCACACUGCGUGCUGCGGCUGAGCAUCCUUGGGUCGCUGGGGAUGAGGGGCCAGUCCCUGAAUUCAUCUGUAGAUGUGGGUUUGGCCGCAGGAAGAGGAAUGAUGUCCGGGAAGAAGUUCAAUAACAAAGCAUCCUCGGAUGGUCUAAUAGGUCUAGCGUAGAUAAUUGAUGAUCGGCAAAGCGAAGCCCUGACGAUGAGUUCGUUGUUCCGUGUUCCCUGUUUCUAAUACGCGCUCGACUGAACAUAUUUCUUUUUGCUACAGAAUAUAUACUGCGUAACCCUAUGCCAGUAAGGCAACGUUUGUCACAGUUUCACGUUGUCAAACGCAGCUUAACGGGUGAUGUUUUUUUUUAUGAUCCGAGAGGAAUGGAUAAGUGAAUUUUUUUUUUGAAAAAAGGUGUAUCUUUACGGAUGGUCUACGGGUGAAGCUUCCAUUUCAUAUAAGGAGCCAUUGGUGAAGCUGUUUUA